AAUCCGAUGCAAUAUUAUAAAAUAGAAUAUCACUUCCUAAUUUCGAAGCAUCUGGAUAGUCUGCAGGAAAACAUCGCUUUAAGAGAUGGUCGCUUCCUUGCUUGUAGUUUUGGUAGGUCUGAUCGCGAACAGCAACUCUCCAGUUGAACACAAUGAGAUUGAUAUAUGGCAACAAGCAUUGGAGAAUCCAGACCUCGUGGGUGGUGAUAUGCUGAUACCUCAGGGUGUCAGUUUAGGUAAUGCUAUCGCCAAUGAAGAUUUUAGAUGGCCAGGUUAUCCAGGUGGCGCUAUCAUUCCAUACGUAAUCGAUAAAUCUUUAUCAAGCGUGAAACCUCUGAUUGAAAAGGCAAUUAAACAUUACCACGACAACACCUGCGUGCGAUUCGAACCCAGAAAGAAUGAGAAAAUCUAUGUGAAGAUAUUCAAGGGAAGGGGGUGUUACGCAGCUGUCGGCAGAAACAAGACAUACUCACAGCCUCAGCCACUCUCUUUGGGAACUGGAUGCGACAAGAUUGGAACCAUCAUUCACGAACUGGGACACGUUCUUGGCUUCUACCAUGAGCAGAACCGUUCAGACAGAGAUAAGUAUCUGAACGUCUACUUGAACAACGUUCGUGCAGGGAUGAGGGGCAAUUUUAUCAAACUGAAGCCUGAUGAAAACAUACUAAUCAACACCUUUGACUACGAUUCUAUCAUGAUUUAUGGCAACUAUGCCUUUUCCAAACGACCAGGCGUUCUCAAGACCAUGGAAGCGAAGAAUGGACAAGAGCUGCUCAACCCCUAUUCCAAAACUAAAAUGACAGAUUCGGACAUUGAAAGAGUCAACAAAAUGUACAAAUGUCCAUAAGUCUAGAUUUGG